AUGGAGCCAGAGAUGGAGGACAAGACGCUGGAGUUGAUGUGUUCCCUGCCUCGCUCUCUCUGGCUGGGUUGUUCCUCGGUGGCUGAGAGUUUAUGUGCUCUCAGAUGUCUGCAGAGCCUGCCCUCCACCCGGGUCCACAACCAGAACAUGACAGUUAUGGAGACUCAGAAUCUCACAAAUGAACUGUCACCAAAGAAAACUGUGUUUAAGGUGGGUAACGGGCCGUUGUCAGGUUUGAGGAAGCGGCCUUCGGGAGGGAACUAUGAGAAAGAGAAAGACGUGUGUAUUCAGCUGUUUGAUCAGUGGUCAGAAGCAGACCAGGUGGAGUUUGUGGAACAUCUCAUCUCCCGAAUGUGCCACUAUCAACACGGACACAUCAACUCCUACCUCAAACCUAUGCUGCAGAGAGACUUUAUCACAGCACUGCCAGCCCAGGGUCUGGACCACAUAGCGGAGAAUAUUCUGUCGUUUCUAGAUGCUCGGUCUCUGUGCUGUGCGGAGCUGGUGUGUAAGGAGUGGCAGCGGGUGAUCUCGGAGGGCAUGCUGUGGAAAAAACUCAUCGAGCGCAUGGUCAGAACAGACCCACUGUGGAGGGGACUUGCCGAGAGACACCAGUGGGAGAAGUACCUUUUUAAGAACCGCACUUCAGAAGUCCCACCCAACUCUUAUUACCACUCCCUCUAUCCCAAAAUCAUUCAAGACAUUGAGACUAUAGAGGCCAAUUGGAGGUGUGGUAGGCAUAACCUACAGAGGAUUCAGUGUCGAUCAGAGAACAGUAAGGGCGUCUACUGCCUUCAGUACGAUGACGAAAAAAUCAUCAGUGGCCUACGAGACAACUCAAUAAAGAUCUGGGAUAAGCAGACUCUGGAGUGCCUGAAGGUUCUGACGGGUCACACCGGGUCGGUUCUCUGUCUGCAGUACGAUGAAAGAGUCAUAGUAACAGGAUCGUCAGACUCCACUGUCAGGGUUUGGGAUGUUGGUUCAGGGGAAGUCUUAAACACUCUGAUCCACCAUAAUGAGGCGGUUCUGCACCUGCGGUUCUGUAACGGUUUGAUGGUGACAUGUUCGAAAGACCGCUCUAUUGCAGUGUGGGACAUGGCCUCUCCCACAGAUAUCAGCCUCAGGCGAGUUUUGGUCGGACACCGCGCUGCCGUUAAUGUGGUUGACUUUGAUGACAAAUACAUUGUCUCUGCGUCGGGAGACAGGACUAUCAAGGUUUGGAGCACGAGCACGUGUGAGUUUGUGCGAACGCUGAAUGGGCAUAAGCGUGGCAUUGCCUGCCUACAGUACAGAGACAGACUGGUGGUCAGUGGCUCCUCUGACAACACCAUCCGGUUGUGGGAUAUAGAGUGUGGAGCUUGUUUGCGUGUGUUGGAAGGUCAUGAGGAGUUAGUACGCUGCAUCCGUUUCAACAACAAGAGGAUCGUCAGCGGAGCUUAUGAUGGAAAAAUUAAAGUGUGGGAUCUGCAAGCAGCUUUGGAUCCACGGGCACCAGCCAGUACUCUGUGUCUGCGUACACUUGUGGAACACUCGGGUCGCGUGUUCCGUCUGCAGUUUGAUGAGUUUCAGAUCAUCAGUAGUUCCCACGAUGACACCAUCCUCAUCUGGGAUUUCCUUAACGUCUCUACCAACGGACAGCCAGAUUCCCGAUCACCGUCACGCACUUACACUUAUAUUUCCAGAUAGCAGGUGCCUCUCAUGUGUGCCAGUGUAUCCUGGGAGAGCUGAAAGCUGAUGUUGGCCGUUGGCUGAAUCUGUAACAGAAAGGCGGUCCAGGGAUCCUCCUCUUCCUCCUCCGGUUCCUCUCUCUCCCACCUCUAUCCAUCCCGUUCUGCACUGAAACUCCGAGAGACAAACAAAAAACCCGCACUAGCCUUGUUCACAGCACACACAUACACACACACACACAUACACACACACACACACACACAAACACACGCGCACACAUAGUGUUAAACUGCACUACUCUGAAAAGCACAUACACUUGUCCUCUCUUAUACCCGUCACUAUCCUACAACCAAAAACAAACACUUGGCACGCAUAUAACUAUAAGAGUAUUAAUAUACCGUACUACCGUACUAUACAGGCAUAUUCAUCCUUUCUCACUCAUUCCUCCCAUCCUGGGGAAAAGAAGAAAAGAGAAAAAGGACUAUAGGAGAAACAGAGAGAGUGAUGGGACUGACAAACAGAUUGAUGAUGGCUAGCAGCACAAGAGGAAGAGACUCUUUACCCAAUCUGUUAAAAAACGCACUGAGGAGGAGAGAUGAAUGGAGGGAUGAGUAUGGUAAAGGCAGAAAACGAUGUUAACCUGCUCAUGUCCUCUCUCUGGUGUCUGGUAUUGACUCUGUCUUUGGGACGUGGGAUAUGCUCGUAUGUUGCGGACUUGUGAGCGCUCAAUGAGGGAGGCCCAUGCUGACUGAACUGGGUCUCUCUCUCUCUCUCUCUCUCUCUGUCUGUCUUGGUUUUCGUUUUUGUAUCUCCAGACUGAACCUGCAUGUGCGGCUGAGGAGAGACCGCGGUCUCCUGCCAUACUUCUUUUCUCCGGUUCUUUUUAUCUUCCUUUUACAUUCUUAAUUUUUUAUUCCUUUUUCUUAAUUUCCCUUUCGCGGCUUGUCUUGUUCGUAUGAUUAUGCGAGGCAUCGCGUGUGUCGCGUUCACUCAGUGUUAAGUCUUUUUCUCUCUCUCUCCCUCUCUCUCUCUCUCUCUCUCUCUCUCUCUCUUUCUGUCUCUCUCUUAUUCCAUCCCUCCAUCUCUUUCUCUUGCUUGCCUGGUUUCUGAGAGCUUGUGGCUCAGAGCUGAAUCUAGC